AUAUUGCGCAUGCUCAGAUGCCCUUUUACGGUUUGCGACUGAAAUCUGUCAGCUCAGCGGAGCAUAGAUUCCUUUAAUACCUUCAAAUAUUCCUCUGUAUUUCUUCCCUCUGGUCCGCUCCGGAGAUUUAAAUCUAACCUCAGGCGUCGUCAGAUUUGGAUUCUAACUUUUCGACGUCUAUAGCCGAAGAAAACAGCAAAGAAUGACGAGCAGUUCAAAGCGGAAAGAAGAAAGUCAUCUGCUGAAUGGGGGUGUAAAACAGUCCACAUGGAGCAAAGCCCUCAGCAGUAAUGCUGUUUGGGAAGAGAAGGACGAAUUUUUAGAUGUGAUUUACUGGCUUCGACAAAUUAUUGCAGUUAUCCUCGGUGUGAUAUGGGGCGUUGCGCCGUUGAAAGGAUUUCUGGGAAUAGCCAUAUUCUGCAUCAUCAACGCUGGCGUCCUGUAUGUAUACUUCAGCAGCUUUCAGCAGAUCGAUGAGGAAGAGUAUGGAGGCACGUGGGAACUCACCAAAGAAGGCUUCAUGACGUCUUUCGCCCUGUUUCUGGUGGUGUGGAUAAUCUUUUACACAGCUCUACAUUUCGACUGAGAGGACGCCACAGGACACUAAAUACGAACAUUUCUGUUGAAGUAAAUUGUCAAGACACAAGAGCUCCAUGGUUUUGGGGGGAGUGUCAGCGCUCCUACAUACAGUAUGACUUCUCAGUGUGCAGUGCAUCAUGGGAAUCCUAGUUCGAAAAACAAGCUCCAGCAAGAACACAGUGGCGAUGCUCAAAUAUUGAACAUCUGCCUAAUUUGAGGAUUCCUUUUCUGAGGCACCUUCCAUUACACUUCCCAUGUCUUCUAUUUCCUUCCUCACUUCAUAUUCAGCAUUUCUGACAAAACACUAAAGCUGCAAAAAAAAAAAAAAAAAAGCGAAUAGUUUGGCUGAAACCAGUUGCAGUUCUGUUGACGUUAGAACAGUAACUUGAUGUAAAACACAAGAAGGAUUCUGUUUCCUGGUCAGCGUACUUUCUUCAGUUUUAGAAGAGUGACAGGUUUUAGACCGUAAAGAAUAACAAACGGUGUGGACAGUCAUCCCAUUUUUUUUGACUUAUGCAAGUUACAGGAACAGGGCAAUAAAAACAGCGUCAUCCUCGAGUCAUUAAAGUUCAAUCAGUCCACGAAUUGGAUGUGCAGACUUACUGGUAAGGGAUUAAUUCUGUGGCUUCACUGUUAAAUCACACUUUCACUGCUAAAUUAUGUUUUUUGAUAAGAAAAAUCUGUAGGUCUCAGUAUGUGUGCACCUAGGGUUUUAUGAUUGGAGUCGUCCGUCUUAAUGGAAUAUAAAAAUGUGAUUCAGAGCUUCAUUUUUAUUCUUAUUUUAUACAACAUAAGUGAGUAUACCUCAGUGCAUAAUCGCUUAAAUAUCAAUUGUAUCACCUUAAAUUUAUUGCGUUACUUUUAUGUUGAACAGCACGGUCCUCGCUCUUAUGUGAAAAAACAGUUUAGAGCUACUGUAUUAAAAAUUCAGGCCCACAGUGGAAACUCAAUGCGACUAAGACCAUUUCACCUCUCAUUAUUUAGAUUUUUACCGAUGUCAGCUGGUAUUUUUCAGACUCGACUCUUCUCAGCAUGGAAGAUACCAGUAGAGUGAAAUUUUCUGGAGACAUGUUCUGCUAUUCUUCAGUUGUUUUUUUUUUGUCAGCUGUUCUUUGUUGAGGGGGUUGUGGUUCUCUUUAAAAUCCCCUAAAGGUGUUUUAUUAGAAUCCAGUCAGAAAACAUAAAUGGUCAAGUCAUAGUUUAUCUCAAUGUGCUGGAACCCAUCUGAGCUGAAUUAAUCUUUGUCUCACUUGACUGAAAAAGCAACUUCUUUUUCAUGUUUUUUGGCAAAAUUUAAUUUUGAAGUUAUGUAUUGACGAGCAGCAGUUUGAGCCGUCAGUGAUCACAAGCUUCUCACUUUUGCUGCACUGAGUUUUCUACUUCGAAAGGGUCCUGCAUUUUCAAUAUAGUCUUUCUGAAGUGUUUUCAAUUGUUCAUAAGAGGACUAAUCUACUUGUCAGCUUAGAAAUAAUGCAAAGCUGUUAACAGUUUAGAAUCAUUUGAUAGAUCUCUAUUGCACCGGGGUAAACUCACUUCUCUUGUAUUCUGCAGAUGGACAUAAAAAUCUUGUUUUUGAAUAAAGUCUGUCAGUUGUUUUUAUUUCUAAAAAGUCUGUCUAACAAAAUUGUAGCUAACCACAGCUGGAAUCUAGCUCUUAACAUCAAAACAAAUGCUGGUUGUAAGAUACACAUAUCGACUAAUAUCCGGUCGCGAUGCCACUAGCGUCACUGCGCUGUCACUUCAGUCAGGAACUAAUAAUUAUCAAAGCUGUCUCUCUGUACAAAUGUAUUCCUCACAGCAAAGAGGUCGGAAACAUCCACGUUCUGUUCAUAUGCAAAUGUCCACAGAUUGAAGUGAAACCUGAUCUGUGCACUGCCAUGAUUUGCUUUUAGUUGAUCUAGAUGUCAUGUAUUUAUGGCAUUAGCUGAGAAGGUAACAAUGAUUUACGAUUUAAUAUUUCCUCACACGUAGCUUCCAGAUCAAAGUCUUAUCUGUUGUUUGAAAAUUAAUUUAAACUUGUCUGUAAAUUCUGUACGAUGUCCCGUUUGUCCAAUCCAUCGUGUAUUACACAGAUUUAUUUGUAUUUAUGUUAUAUCUUGUUCGAUGUAACACAUUUCUCAGUAUUUUAUAGUGAAGAACUUUUAAAAAACAGUUAUUGCAAUGAUACUGUUAUAUUAGAUAUGCAGCUGGUGUUUGAAAGGAUUGUAUUUUCUGAUCAAAUCUUUUGGGAAUCAUUAAACAUGGGCUUUAUUUGGCCUCCAUUUUCAAAGA